ACAUGAUUUCUACGAGACUUGUUCAAGCUCAAAAUGGCGGCGGAAGUUGCAGGUGCUUCAGAAACGGAGAAGGAUACGGACGGCACCUCUACUCCAAUGCAGAGAAUUUUUUCCGUCGCCGAGUGCUCCGUAGAGAGUGUCUCAGUAUAUUUGGACCGUGCAGAAGUAUGCAGGUCAAUCAAAUUGGAUGCUACACCGGGUGAUCACGAAGUGAUCGUCAAAGGCUUGUCCUGUGAAAUCGACUCGGAGUCGAUUAGGGUUGAAGGUAAAGGGCCCGCUACUAUAAGUGAGGUAUCAUUCCAAGUGAAGCAUGUUGUGCCAGACCAGGCUGAGAAAAGUGAAAAACAGAAAGAAUUAGAACAAGAACUAAAGAAGCAAGGAAAAAAGAAGGGUUUUUUAGUUGCCAGACAACAGCGGACACAGAAACAGAAAGAUGUUUUGAAUGGAUUUGCAGACAGCUUAACGAAAGAUGCAGGGAAAAAUAAGGAAGGACAGCCUGUUGCAUUGUGCGGUAUGUUGGAUGAUGGACUUCUCUCAGGGAUGAGUGGAUUUUUUGACUUCUAUGAAAAACAAGCAUCAAGGCUCGAUGAAACACUCCAUGACUUGACACAAGAGUUGGAAAAAUUGCGGCAGCAAAUUUUAGCACUACAGAGCAACCUCCGUGAUAUUCAAAACUCAUCUGGAGAAAGUAUCUCAAGGGAGGCCUCCAUUCUUGUGGAGGUAAAGGAAGCCAAGCCGGUGAAGUUAUUGGUGUCUUAUAUAGUCUACAGAGCAAGCUGGUCACCUAAGUAUGACCUGAGAGUGUUCAGUGAUGAUGGACUGAUGAAGAUCCACUAUUUUGGUCUUAUCCAGCAAGCCACAGGGGAAGACUGGGUGGAUGCCAAGCUCUCCUUGUCUACAGCGACACCUAGUGUUGGGGGCAGUGUUCCAGACUUAGGGACAUUACGACUUACUUUUAAGCCAAAAGGCCUGUAUAGAUCACCACGGAAAGCCAAACGCACAAGUGGUUCAUUCCGUUCUCAAGAGAAAAAUUCCCCCAGAACCUUGGCUCCACCAGGACAGAACUUAGGGUCUGAGGAAAUGAUGGAUGGAAUGGCAGCCAAUUUUGAUUUAGAGAAUCAUGAAGAGUCAGUAGAAAUGACAGUAGCCAGUACAGAGGUGCGGGAAAGCAUGGUUAGUGCUAGCUAUGACAUCCCUCGCUUCUCAACCAUUCCUUGUGAUAAUAAUGCUCACAAAGUAACAGUGGCCAUUUUGGAUUUAAAACCCAGUUUUUCUUACGAGUGUGUGCCAAAAAAAUCGGCCCAUGCAUUCCUGAAGGCCAAAGUGAAAAAUGACUCCGCCUAUGCACUUCUUCCUGGACCAAUGAACAUCUUCCUGGACAAUAAUUUUGUUGCCAAGAGUGAUUUAAAGUCGGUUAGUCCUUCAGAAGAAUUUUAUUGUUCAUUAGGAGUUGAUCCCUAUGUAAAAGUAGACUAUAAACCUUUGGUAAAACACCGGAACGAGGCUGGAGUGUUUUCAAAAAGUAUACAGAUGCAACACAAGCAGGUGACGUCGAUUAAAAAUACACGACAAACUUCAGUAAAACUCUUGGUCACAGAGCAACUGCCUCUUAGUUUAGAAGAAAAAAUAAAGGUGACACUUGUUGAACCCAGUAUAAAACAUCCAGAGAAGCAGGAGAAGAACAGACCUGUGAGGGUGAACAGGGCAAAUAACAUAGAGUGGGAGUUAGAAAUUCCUCCUAGCGAGACAAAGGAACUGGUGCUUAGAUACACUGUGGAAUAUCCAUCUUCAGAAGAACUAGAAGUGGCUCCAGAGGGGAGUCACCAGUGGUAGCCCUCACAGAAAAAAGGUCAUGUGGCAGAAAGGUCAAGGUCAAUGCAGAAAAUUUAUAUUUUAUUUAUUUUUUUUUGCCUCAAAAUUAAUGUUGAAAACUCAUUUUAAGUCUUGGAAAUUAUCUUGGAUCAGUGAAUUGGAAGUGGCUGGCAAAAUUCAAGUCCAUGUAAAACAAUACAUAGAUAGACAUAGAAUUAGACCUUAUGAAGAAUUUCUAAUUGUCCUUCAGCCAUUUCUGUCAAGUGACCCUGUGUGGUAGCCAUUUCUAUAUUGUGUCUUGAACUAACACCAAGCAAGUGCCUACAGGUAUGUUCUAUUUUUCAUCUCUGGGUGCAAUUGUGAAUAGAUCUAUGCAAAUCACUGACACCCUGUGACAUAAUGGUCAUCAAUGUGUAUAGGUAAAAUGAUAUUAUUGCAACAAAUUUCUUGAGUUCACUUUUGGUCAACAGGCGCUUUAUUAUUGAACUCUUUUGCAUCGUGUAAGAUGAUCAGGGACAAGUGAAAGCAGUAACUAUGCCAGUGGAUUAAACUCCAUGUGCCAUUUUAUGUAUCACAAUUAUGAAAAAUCUAAAAUGGAAGAAAAGCAUAUCUGGGUGGGAUCAUUAUGCUGAAUAGUUUCAUUUUUGGAGGCAAUCCCAUUAUCUAAAGGGUAAAAUAUCUCUGCUUAGGUAUAACUUUAUAUAAAAGGUAUAAAGGCAGUAAGAUGAUUUAGUAAUUUUUGUAUAUUCAUCAUACCCAUAUGAUGUAUGUAUAAUGCAUUUUUUUGCUUAUUUAUUAUUAUUGAUUCACAAUGGUGCUGGUCGCUUUGGGCUUCCACAUUACCCAGGUAAUGAGAUACAUAUUAUACAUAGUAUAAGAAGACUAACAAAUUAUUAUUAUACAAAAAUGCUUUAAGCCAAGAUGCAUUAAAGACUUGUACAGAUAUUAGUAGUAUAUGACUGUAGUUACAAUUUCAGGUGUUAGAAACACUCCUUGUUCAAAGUAUAAUUAUGUAUUCUUUGAACAGUUUGCAGAGGUUGUUAAAUAAGUGGAUAGAUGUGAAAAAAAUGGUAGUACUAGAGUGCUCAUUAUCUGUGAGCUGUACUGUAGAAGCAGUUUGUAGUUAGUAUGGUAUCUUGGUUUACUUGAAGUCUGCUUCCUAAAUAUGCCAGUUAAGUACAGAGAAAUUUGAAAAAUCUAAAUUAUUAUACUGAAUCAAUUUAUAUAAGGAGUAUGUAAGGUUUUUAUUGGUUAUACCAAUAUUAUUUUACGCUAGAGAUUUUAUGUUUGUCAAGAAUUUGGAUUAAAAAAAUAAUAAUUUGUAUUGUUUUAAGUGUUUGGGAAAAAAACUUUUGCAAAAUGGCAUUGUAUGAAAUGACAUAUACAAACUUCUUUGAUAUAUAUCAGUAUAUAAAUCUGGUCGCAUUUAUGAUUUUUAGUUGGUAAACCCUAAGUCAUGACUUUUCAUGAGGAGUUUUGCUUUUAAAAUUAAAAAAGGAAAGUUUAAAUGUCAGUCAAUUCUCAUUUUUAAAAGGCAGCUAAAUGAAUGUGUAGAUUGUUUUAUCUGCAUAGAAAACUUUGCCAAUGUGUGCAAUAAAAGAUGAUACUCAUAAGAACUAUAAAUAUAUAUAGAGUUGAAGGCAUGGUUACUAAAUAAGAUUUGGAGCUUUCUUUUUAUUAUUAUAUAUGCAGAUGUGCAUAAUGUAGAAAAUGAUAAUGAUUCAGUAGCUACUUGCAAUAUCAAAUGAUUUACAAAUUCAAUAUUGUUUCAUUAUUCAUUAUAUGAAUUUUCUCUAAAUUUUUUUUAUUUGAACCAAGCUGGCUUUUGAGAAAUUUUAAAUUACCAACAUGUCAAAUCUGUUUGAAUAUUUCCAAGUAGUUACUGUAUUUACAAUAUUUGGGGGCAGACCAUAAAUCAGAUACCAGUACAGUGAUGAACUUUGGUGUUGUACAUGGUAGAGGUAGAUACUGAAUGAAUAAUUUGUUGUUCAUGUGAAAUUAUUUGGGUAAUAAAUUAAAAAAAAUCUCUGAAUCUCAGUUCUACAUUUGCUCAGUAAGUGUGGUAGUCUGUUAUCAGUUAGAAGAUUCGCAGUAUUCACAGUUCAGAAUUUAUCUGUCUGCGCUGUGGUGUCUGAUGGAUCAUGUCACUUGUUUGCAGGGAUCAUGUAAAUUUUUUUUUUUUAAUUUUGAUUUCUUACCAGAUUUUUUCAUUAAAAAACUUGCCAAAUGACAGUUUUAGUUGAAUUGACCUAAUUUUAUUGAUGUAUUUACCACCAGUUAUUUGUUUUACUAGAAUUUGCCCUUCACAUGUUCUGAUGUCAGGAUUGGUUUGCUAAGAUAUUUCAAUUAAUAUACUGUUAUCAUUUUGUUUACAAGUCAUUCAAUCCAAUAAAAAAGUUGGACAUAUCUUGUGAUCAGCGAAGCAGUGGAAAUUAUUUUGGAAUUUUAAUAUUAUCUACAGAUUUCAUUCAGAGGACAUUUUAAAUAUUGAUUGUAAACUGUGAAUUCAAAGCUCUUUAUUGGUUAUGCACAUUUAGUUAAGAAGUUUUUUCUUAAACUUUGCUUUGCCUAAGCAAACACUGAGUUGUAUGUAUAAUCACAUAAAUGUUUUCUAACAAACUGAAAAAGAUAAAGAAAUUUUCCCAUUGUUUUAUUUUAUGUUGGGAGAUGAACUUGUGAAACAAAAUUAAAACAUGAUGACCACUGCAAACUGUCUUGAGAUUUCUACUUUAUAUAUCAGUUAAGUGGAGUAACUGUAUCAAAGAAUUAACACUUUAUUUUUAUUAGUUAACUUGGUUUUGGUGCUUUGAAUCACAAAACAUUUUGUUGUUGGGGUAGUACUAAGUACUUAUGACAUUGUAUAUAUGUACUCAACCUGAUAUAUUGUUUGUGUUGGCAGGUCCUUUUGAAUAAUUUUAUACAUCGUGUUGAUAUUUUGUUUUGAAAUUUCACCUUGUUUUCUGACAAGUCAAUGUGUUUUUAAACAUCCGAACAUGUUCUGUACAAGUAAAUUUGGUAGAGAUUUCCAGGCAAAGACAUUAGUCUUGCCACAUUCAUCAGAUUCCUGUGAACCCAAAUAAACUUAUUUUUUACUUUUA